AUGAGUCAGCGCCAGGUGCUCCCGGUCGUGCCCUCGCGCAUGACCUUGACCCAGGUCAAAGCGCGUUUGCAGGGCGCCCGUCGAGGUCAUGCACUCUUAAAGAAAAAGAGUGAUGCCUUGACGGCACGGUUUCGAGCCAUUUUGCGUGAGAUCGUGGAUAAAAAGCAACGUGCUGCGGAGCUUCUGCGCGACGCUUCGUUUCGAUUCGUUGCCGUUAAGUACGUCGUCGGCGACGAGCUCAAGCACAUUGUUCAGGAAAGCGUCGAGCGUGCGGAAACUCGACUACGGGUGCGCUUUGACAAUGUCGCAGGUGUGUCGUUGCCCUGCUACCGCUGCGUCUCGGGGUCGGUGAGCACGGGACCGGUUGCCACCUCGACCAUCGCUACUGCUGCUGCUGCUGCUGCUGUCGCUGUCGCUCGGAAUGACGGUUACGCCGAGGACAUGCGCGCUGCUGGGCCAGUUCAAACAGGUGUUGCCUCUGUUGCCCAGUAUCGGGGCCUGGGGCGUGGUGGCCAACAGAUCGCAGCCUGCCGGGAAGCUUAUAACGAGGCGUUGCUAGCGCUUGUGGAGCUCGCAUCCCUGCAAACCAGUUAUCUGAUCUUGGACGAGGCCAUCAAAGUUACCAAUAGGCGGGUGAACGCGCUGGAGAACGUUCUCAUUCCGCGUUUAGAGAACACGAUUGCCUAUAUCCUCAGUGAACUGGAUGAGCAGGAGCGAGAGGAAUUCUUUCGUCUGAAACUUGUCCAAAAUAGAAAGAAAAGGGAAUUGGCUCGAACACAAGCGCAAGAACUGCGUGCGCGAGAGCGACGGGCAGCACAGGCGCUUCGCGCCUUUGAUAUGAACAGUUUUGAGCAGGCCUUAGAGCCGGAUGCCGCGAACACACCAUCGAUCUUGGAGCAGAUCGCGGGCGCAGAUGCGGACUUGCUACCCAUUUAA